AUGCAUGACGCCUGGACGGUUCGCAAGUCAGAGGAGGUCCAAGGGCACGCGGAUCGCAACGAAUGGAAGGAUUUCUUCUCCGCGAUCAAAGCCGUCUACGGUCCGCCAAACAAAUCAACCGCACCCAUUCUCAGCAUCGACGACAGUGCCCUCCUCACCGAGAAGACACAAAUACGGCGGCGAUGGGCGGAGAUCUUCCGAGGCGUCCUCAACAACCCCUCCACCAUUUCCGACGCCGCCAUCGUCCGUCUGCCUCAAGUGGAGACCAGCGUCGAACUCGACCUCCCGCCGUCUAUGCAAGAAACCAUCAAGAGACAAUCUAGCGUGCAUACGUAA